AUGAUGGAGAACGACGCGGGUAAAAACCUAAACGGAAGGUCAGGCGAGUUGAACAACCAAAGCGAUGACGUUGUUGGGGAUGACGAAUACCCAGAGGAAUUUUCCGAGUCUGACGAAUUCAAUGAAUUUUCAGGAGGGAGCGAUAAAAGAAGCGAUGAAGGAAGCGACGAUGGUAAGGAUGAUGAUGACAACAAUGAUGAUGACAACAAUGAUGAUGACUCCGAUAAUGGAAGAGCAAAAGUGCGAUUUGCCAAAAUGAAGGAAGAAGUUCUGCAUGUACACAAGAAAAAUAUAAGCGGACUGAAGACAGUACGAAAGGGAAGUAGCCUCAUACUGACCGGCAACGAUAACUGCAUCCGCAUAUAUGAAUUUCAGAGUAUGAACAGGGAGGAAAAAAGCUACUCCAAAAUUAUUAGCCUAGCAGAAGGGUCCAUCAUCCCAUCAGUAGAUGCGACUAGUAACCUAAUUCUGGUAGCGAAUGGAAAUAAAUCAUAUGUGUAUGACAGGACAGGAAAAAUAGUGAAGAAUACCAUCAGGGGAGAUAUGUACAUUACCGAUGUUAAUAAAACGAAGGGACACACCAGAAGUGUUAACUGUUGUCGCUUUCAUCCAUGUAAUGAAAGCAUCUUCGUAAGUGGAAGUUUAGAUAGCACCGUUAGAAUUUGGCACUUGGAGAAAAACAAUUGUUACGGGAUUGAUAAAGAAUUAGUUCAUCAUCAAUGUUUAAAAGUGGUAAAUGAAAAGAACAUGAUGCAAAAUAAUGUUCUCUGUUGUCAAUUUGUUCGCGAUGGGAAUUCCAUCAUCUUGGGGUGUGAAAACGGACAGAUAGAAGUGAGAAAUAAAAUAUCCAAUGAUUAUAUGUAUAGCCCAAAACCUAGGCAACACAUUCCUAGGGAAAUUUCCCAUUCUGAUUCCGUUGUGGAUAUUUUGACAUGUAGAAAACAGGAUCACUUUUUUUUUACCAGGAGCUUAGAUAACAGCAUUAAGUAUUGGGAUAGGAGGAACCUCCAAAGGUGCGUUAAAACCAUUGAAUGUGUUCCGACAAUUUUUAAGAACAGCAACAUGUCCUUCUGUGGGAGUGAUGAGCGAUACCUCGUGGUAGGUACACAAGAAAGGAAAGAAGUUGUAAUGGAUAAGGUGGCAAAUGAGCGUGCCGUAGGAGACCAAGGGGUUACUGAUUCUUAUGGAAAAAAUUACGCACCCCAUGAAAUGAAAAGAAAGGGAGGUGACUUAUAUGACAACAACUAUGUGAAGGUUUACCAGGGGGAUGAAGACAUGGAGCAGUUCCUAAACGAAGUGGCUUCUUCGAACAAAACGGAAAAGUUCAUAAAAGGUGCACUAAGGAUUUACGACUCGUAUGGAGAGGUUUUCAAUUUGGUGCAUGAGAGGCCAUACGAAGGGGCUGGAAUCAUAUGUACGCAUUUUAAUGACCAUAUAAAUCAGCUCUUUUUGGGCACUACGGAUGGGAACUGUAUCGUAUAUUAUGAUGACAGUGAUGGCGACCAACACAGACAUGGUGAACAGCCCAUCGGCGGGGCACCCAUGGGAAGGAAGAAAAAAGGAGGAGUUCUUGAAUACCUAUACAAAGGCGUAAAAAGGAAACAAGAAAAUGCCUCCUUUUACACGAACUCUGAACACAUAUAUAACCUGGAUAAUUUGCCAAAGGAAAUAAAAAUAACUGACACUGGAAAUGUCCUUAUAAGGAAGGACAUGAUGAAUAAGAAGGUUAAAAUGAACCCCAAACUCAGCUCCUUCACGGCAAAUGCAUAUGAGAAGAAGAGGCAAGUAGGCAUGUACUCAAAAUAUAUUGUAGAUGAUAAACCUAGUGACAAGAACUCGUCCAGCAUCCAAACCAACAAGGGGAUGGAGUAUGAAGAGGAAGACAUUGUCCAAAAUUUGCGAAAAAGAGAGCAGAGCAAACAAGGGGAGGAUUAUUUUAUGAAUGUCUACAAAUAUACGCAGCCACGUGCCAUAAUUGACUAUUCCUCUGGAGAGGAACAAGAGUAUUCGGAGCUUCUGAAGAAACCCAAGUGCCCCCAGUGUGGGGUUAAAAACUGCGUCUGCGGGUUUAUGCGCUCAGGCAGGAAGCGCGCGCAAUGA